AAAGCAAGAACGGCAUCUCAAAGCUCUGAAGAGAUUUGCGUUUCUGUGUGCACGUCUGACCAAUGUUCCUUAGUCACCCCAUCCCUCUUGUCAGCAGUGUGCGGAUUACUGGAGAAUCUGCUAGUAAUGAAUUCCGAAGAUAUUGUCAACGCCUUGGCUAAGACACAUUUGCUGACAGAUCUAACAAGUCUCAUAAAGCCAGCUGUACUCGAAAGAUGCUUUUCUGAUCUCAAGACUUCACUCACCCCUGAAGGUCGCUCUCGAAAUAAAAAGUCACAGGUGCUUGUUCUUCUUGACUACCUGUCCUCGCUGUCAGGAUUUCUGCGUUCUUAUGUUCUUUCCGAUGCCAGUUUAUUGAUCCAAGAUGAUCUAAUAAGGUCACUAUUGACGACUUUAACUUUAGUACUCUUUACACACCAUAAGAAAGCUUUGGAUGCUGAGGUUAAAAAUGCAAUUUACCAAACACGGACAGACAUAUUUGUGUUGUUAACUACCUUAUUAAGGACAAAUGGUCCAGCUUUUAUAGUUCGUAUUACAGAAGCUGUGGCAAAGCAUGGCAAUGCAUUCUUUGACUUGAUGUCUGAGUGUGUAGCAUUAGCUGGAAGCCACCCCAGUCUUUAUUCGACCAGCUUGCAGUUUCUGUCAGUUCUUCUAGCAGAAGAAGAAAAUCAUCGCCUUCAGGAGUCACAGACAAGUACACCAUUGCAUUUGGUUUUAGAUGGAAAUCUGAAACUAGGGAACGGCCUGUGCAAAGUAAUUUUACAGAGCUAUGAAGAGAAAUCCUUGGAGGACCCUCUGAGGCAAGUGUGUGUGAAUUCUUUAAUCUCGCUGUUGGCUGUCAGCAGAAGUGCCCAGGUGUACAGUCUACAAGUUCACUUUGUUGAUUCCUGCACUGAAAAGUUGAAAUACAUUCAUGCCCAGCUGAAUCUUGAGUCCCUUCGACCAGGAAAAUCACAAAAGAAAAAGGAGGAAAGUUAUUUGAAGCAGUUAAAGGUGACGAUGCAUCUUCUAAGGAACUGUCUGUAUAAAAAUGAGGAGUGCAAAGCAGGCGCUCAAGAGUGUCAGCUUUCUCCGGUGCUGCAUUCUCUAUGGCCAUGGCUUUUGAUGGAUGACGCAUUGAUGCACGGUGCUUUGCAAUUACUUUGUGUCUUCACUGCAAACUUUCCCGCAGCUUGCAGCUCCCUAUGUUGGGUAAACGCUGGAGUCAUGGCUAUCCAGUCAUCACAGAAAUCACAGACAAGCAGCUCACUAUUACAUAGCAUUUUAAAGAUUGCCGCAGAGCCAACUUCUUACACCAGCCACACACAACAAGAACUCUUUGGUCUACUUUCAAAUUUGUCUGGCACACAAGACUGCAAGUGUAUUAUGCAGAAGAAUAAUUUUCUACAGCACUUUCUGUGUUUAUCGUUACCAAAAGGAGGAAAUAAGAGCCUUAGUCAUUUAGCUAACCUGUGGCUUAAAUUUCUGUGGAACUUGUCUUUAUCCAAUGAUGGUCAGCUGAUGAUCAUGAAGAUGAAAGGAAGCUUAGAAAUUCUUCUUGAACUUACAAAAUAUAAGCAGAAAGUAAAAUUCCCCAUGGCCCUUCUUAUUUUACAUAACAUCUGCUUCAAUCCAGCCAAUAAACCCAAGAUACUUUCCAAUGAUAACAUUGUAGCUGUGCUUUGUGCAUGCCUGGAAAGUGACAAUCUGAACUUUCAGAGAAUAGGAGCUUCGGCAUUAUGGGCAUUGCUUCACAAUUACCAGAAGGCAAAAGUGACUUUGAAGAAUCCCUUGCUGAAGGGGAGAAUAGAAGAAGCCUUAUAUGGAAUGAGGAAAAAUGAAACCGGCUUGGAAAAAAGACAUGAAGUGUAUCAUUUAAAAUGCCUGGAGAAUCUGGAGCAAGUUCUUGCCAAUUGACAAUGGCAGCAACAGCACACUAGAGUGAUUAACAAACCUGGCCGAUACAUGAUUUAUACUACAUGAGCAGAUGUUUCUAGAAAGGACACAUUUACUGUGUGAAAUCUAUCACAUCAUUUGAAACCAGAAGAUUUUUCUUACUCUCAUUUGCUGUAUGAUCUGCCAGAAGCAAUUUUUGCAUUAGCAAAAUCACAUCUUAUGGGGUUAAAUU